AUGGUGUUUACAACACAUCUCAAAAGGACUGAGUCAAAGUUUUCGUCCAACACCCUGGUAGAAUUCCUCGAAGAGGGUACGAUGGAAUACGAGAGUGACACCGCUGCCUCGAGCAUCUACGACCAUCCUCCAGCCACGCCACCGGCGCGUAACAACACGCGCAUCGCGCCAAUUCCAUUCGUGAAACUCGAUUAA